AUGCCGAACACAUCUUCUCCAGCCGUCCUCAAGGCAAGUCCGCUCGUCAACGAAGGCGGUCUCAUUCAUCGUUCUAGAGCAAGAGGUCUCUUGAACGCUGACAACCUUCCAGCACUUCAAAACUUGCUCAAGCGUCAACCCGAGGCCUACGUCGAAGAGUUUUCAGCCCAAUGGAAUCACUACCAGUCUUUGAGGAGUAUCUUUGCUUCCGACCUUGAUGCGUCGACUGCUCCUGUUGGCAUCGCUUCCGGUGGGAUUCGGAUUAACAAGGGUCAGGCUAGCAAGUUGGUCUCGCUCAUCUCGUUUGUUACGCAGCUCGCACCUUCGUAUCCAGAGAUCACUCGCGAUCUGCCUGGCCACCUUUCUGAUCUGCUGCUCAAUCACCACUCGGCACUAAGCCCUGAUAUUCGAGGCGCUUGUCUUCGAAGUCUGAUCUUGCUGCGCAACCGUGAUGUGAUCACUUCCGAGCAACUGCUUCAGACGCUCUUCCCUUUGCUUAGCGUUACAACUUCCGCUUCGGUCAGGACAUCAGUUCAGGCUACUAUCUUACAAGAUAUCAAGAAUGCCAAUGCAAAGUCCAAAAACCACCGACUCAACCGUGUCGUCCAAGGCUUGCUCUUUGGUAUCGUGCAAAAAGGUAUUGAUGCAUCUGCCGGCGGAUCAUCCUUGCCACCACCUCGAAAGGCUCAAUCAGCUGGCAAGACCGAAGCUCUCUGGGCUGUACGACUAGCAGCCAACCUCUGGAAGAAGCAGAUUUGGACCGACAGCAAGACCGUCUCCCUCCUCACUCUCGCCUCUUUCCACCCUCACCCACGUGUUCAAUCCUCCGCAGUUCGAUUCUUCCUCGGCGACCUUCACUCGGCAGAAGACCAAGCCGAAGAAUCCGACUCUGACGAUGAAGGUCCCAACGUAGACGCCAUGCUCCACGCUCGCAAAGUCAAGAAGAAAACCCGCAGUGGAGACCGCAAGAUGCGUGAAGCCGCCGCUCUCUCCAAGAAGAAACGCAAAGUCAAAGCCGAAAACCCUCUCGACGGCAACGGUAAAGACUCUGGCAACUUUGCCGCCCUCUACCUUCUCAAUGAUCCUCAGAACUUUGGCGAGAAGCUCUUCGACAACCUCAGCCGUGGUGACCGAGAGAAACGUCACACGAUCGAGAUCAAAAUCCGUCUCAUGCAAUUGUUGAGUCGUCUCAUGGGUGCACACAAGCUUUGUGUGCUCAGCUUCUACUCUUACGUCGUCAAGUACCUCGCUCCUCAUCAACAGCAUAUCACGCACAUCUUAGUCUCGUUGGCGCAGAGUGUACACGAUCAAACACCGCCUGAUGUCAUCACGCCGGUGGUGCGCAAGCUUUCGGAUGCGUUCGUUCAUCCGGGUGUAAGCUCAGAGGUUGUCGCUGCAGGUAUCAACUCGAUUCGCGAGAUUUGCAGACGUCAACCAUGGGCUAUGGAAGAGACGUUGCUCGAGGAUCUGAUUAGCUAUAGGAAGAGUAAGGAUAAGGGUGUUUGUGCUGCUUCGCGCGGUCUUCUCGCCCUUUAUCGUGAGGUCAAUCCUGCCAUCUUGAAGAAGAAGGAGCGUGGUAAGAUGGGUGCGCUUGCCGUGCAAGAAGGUCGUGCAGCAGUUGCGUUUGGUGUCGAUCAGAACCAAGUGCAUGGUAUUCAGGGUAUUGAUCUGCUUGAGAAGCAUCUGGAAGAGGAGGAGAAGCGUAAGGCGAAUGGUGAGGGCGAGGAGGGUAAUGAGGAUGCAGAGGAUAAAGGUUGGGAAGGAUGGGAGGAAGAGUCUCAUAACGAUUCUGACGAUGAGUCCGAAAAUGGUUGGAUCAACGUUUCCGAAGAUGAUGAGGACGGUAUUCUCCGACUCUCCGAUUCUGACUCGGAGGAUGACGAGGAGACUCGCAAGCACAAGCGAACAGUCAAGGAACGCCUCAUUGCCGCACGUGAACAACGUCAGAAGAAGCGCGCCAAGCUUCAACGCAAAGCCGAACGUCAAGCACGACGAGAUGCUGGAGAAGCCAAUGUCCCCACCUCCGAAUCCGAAUCCGAAUCCGAAUCCGAAUCAGAAGAGGAAGCCAUGGACAAAGACGCUUCCGACGCCAAAGACGGUGCCACUGCCGAAGAUGACAAGCGCACCUCGGCGGCCGCUUCCUCUGAACUUAAGCAGAAGCUUGCCGCAGAAGAGCAAUACAUCUCCAAACUCGCCACCACGAAAAUCCUCACUCCUGCCGAUUUUGCCAAGCUCACAGAACUUCGCAUUGGUGCUGCCGAAGAAGCUAUUGCUCAAGGUGGUCUUGCUGGUAACAGAGCCAAGCGUCAAUUGGAAGAACUCAAGUCGGUUAAGCGAACAACUGGCGCUGCUGUUUCUAACUUGCUUGACCAAGGUGAUAUCUUGGGUCCGCGAAAAAAGGCUAAGGCAACAUACGAAGACCGUAUCGCAUCCAUUGAGAAGGGUCGAGAAGAUAGAGAGAAGUAUGGCUCAAAGAAGGGUAAGAAGAAUAAGGAGAAGGAGAGCUCUUCCACUAAUAGAGAGAAGCAAAAGACAAAGAAUUUCCAGAUGAUUGCUAGGUCUUGGUCAGUAAGGAGUAAGAAGAAUGCAAGUUUGAGGGACAAGUCGAGACGUUUGAGGAAGCAUGUCGAGACGAGUAAGAAGCGUUUCAAGUAA